AUUUAAGCGAAAUGAAUUUUGGGAUCUCAAUUGUGAAUUUAGUGAAAGUAUGAGACCUUAUUCAAUGUUUAGCCAAAUUUUAAAAUAUGCAGUUUUGGCUAAUUCUGAAUACCAACCCAACUUAAAACGAAAAUUUUCAAUGAAUUAGCAAUAGUUCUGAAUAAUAAAAGUGAUGACAUGUUCCCAAAAAAGAUGUGUUUGAUGACACAACAAAUAUAAUCACUGAACUUUUGAAUUAUUAACAACUCUAAAUAGAUAUUUAGUUAAUAGCCACUUAAAGACCUUAAAUUACCAAUUAAUGGCGGACAUAGCUGGGGCAAUCUUCAGUGCAUUGAGUUGCAUUUGUGGUACUCCAACCGGCAACUGUAUAGAUCAACAUAGAAAUUUUAAUGAUGAUGUGGGUGAGCUGAGAAGAAAAUUGAACACUCUAACCAACCGAAAGCAAGAUAUAGAAUCAAGAAUACAAGUAGCAGAGGCACGCGGGGGACAAACGGUUAGACGAGAAGUGCAAGACUGGCUUAAGCAAGUACAGGACAUUAAUGUUGAUGUGCAAGCCUUUUUAGAAAAGGUGCAGGGAGUCAAGUGGUGCAAGCGUGCCUGUCGUGACAAACGUGUUUGCAGAAAAAUUGAUGUGGUGAACGACAUGCUUGAAAAAGGUAGUUUUCCCGAAGGCCUUUUUAUUGACAGAGCUCCAGCUCGUGGAAACAGAAUUCCAACAGAGAAUUUAGUGGGGGAAAUUUCUACUAAAGAAGAAAUUUGGGGGUACUUGAUGGGUGAUGAGGUUGGAAUGAUCGGAGUUUGUGGGAUUGGUGGAGUUGGAAAGACUACGAUCAUGAAGAAUCUCCACAAUGAUUUACAGAGGGAGACUAGAUUUCAGAAAGUCAUUUGGGUUACUGUAUCACAUCCUCUCAAUGUUUUUGAAUUACAAAAGAAGAUUGCUCGUGCUAUGGACGAAAGACUUCUAAAUGAUGAUAAAGAUGAUGAUGGAGUGAUGAUGAGAGCGGGGGAACUAAUGGAUAUAAUGGGAAGAGUGAAAUUUGUGCUAAUAUUAGAUGAUGUAUGGGAAAGGUUCUCUCUUAAGAAAGUUGGAAUUCCGGAUCCGAAGGCGCAGAAUGGGUGCAAAGUAGUUGUCACUAGUAGAUCAAUUGAAGUAUGCAGUUAUUUGAGUUGUAAGAUUGUUAGAGUGCAACCUCUUUCACAAGAGGAGUCUCUAAAUUUAUUCCUCAAUAAAGUUGAGGAUGUUGAUUUAGAAGUUCCAGGGUUGGAAGAUAUCUUGAAGCUUAUUGUGGAAGAGUGUGCUGGCUUACCAUUGGCCAUUGUUGUCAUAGCUGGGAGCAUGAGGGGAGUUGAUGAUGUUAAGGUGUGGGAAAAUGCAUUGACUGAGUUACGAUAUCGUGUAAGGAGUGUGAGAGAUUCAAAUGAUGAGAUAUUUAACCGGUUAAGAUUUAGUUUUGAUCGGUUGGAUGGUUUGGAAGUCAGGAAUUGCUUUCUUUAUUGCUCAUUCUUUCCAGAAGAUUAUUUGUUUUCUAGAAGGGAGUUGAUAGAAUGUUGGAUUGAUGAAGGACUAAUUGAUGGGUCGCCAAGUAGAGAAGCAGCUUAUAACAGGGGCCAUGCUAUUAUAGAUAGGCUUGAAAAAAAUUUCUUAUUAGAGAAAGAUUCUAGGUUAGUUGAAAUUGGUAGCCAUAUAACUUCUAUAUCUGGGGUUAAGAUGCAUGAUGUAGUGAGAGAUAUGGCUAUCAUAAGCAUUGGUCCUAAAUUUGGAUAUAUGAUAAAAGCUGGUAUGAAUUUGGUAGAGCUACCAGAUGAGCAUGGUUGGGUAAAAGAUCCUAAGAAGUUGUCUCUAAUGGCAAAUGACAUUUUAAAAGUUCCUCUUAGUUUAUCCCCAGAAUGUUCGACUCUUUCGACUUUGAUAUUAUCAAGUAAUCCUAAUUUGUCAGAGAUUCCAGAAUCUUUUUUUGGAGAGAUGCUUACUUUGAAGGUUCUUGAUCUCUCUAGCACUGCUAUUGAGACACUACCUAAUUCCAUCUCUGAAUUGAAGAAUCUAUCUACCCUCCGGUUACAGCUUUGCAAGAAGUUAAAGUACUUGCCUUCCUUGGCAAACCUCAGGGGAUUGAAGAAGUUGGACCUGCACAAGGCAGGGAUUGAGGUGGUCCCACAAGGCAUGGGGAUGUUGAUAAGUCUUGAAUAUCUUGAUUUGUUAUUUUGUCCAAAUCUGAAAGAGAUUCCAACAGGAAUAUUACUUAACCUUUCCAGUCUCCAGUAUUUGGCAGUUCGUUGUUGGCGAGAAACUACAAUAGUGAGAAAUUUUGAAGAGGUUGCUAGACUGAAGAAGUUGGAGACUUUAGAAUGUAACUUUGAUGACAUACAAGACUUCAAUUAUUUUGUCAACAAGUUCAAAGAUUUCCAAAGGGCUAUUACUUACAAUCUUCUAGUUGGGAGUGCAAAAGACAUGCUUAGAAGGAGCAAACAUGAGCUUGUAAUUACUGAUUGCGAGAUCGGGGAAGAAGGUAUAGUGCUUCCAAAUAAGCUUGAAGAUUUGUUAAUAACUGGGCUUAAAAACAUGGGAAGCAGCUUAAGCAAAAUAGCUCUGUUAGAAAAAGCAAAUGAGUUGAGGACAUGCCAUAUUCACCGUUGUGAAGAGAUACAGUGCGUGCUUGUGUUGGACUCAUCCUCCUCCUCCUCCUUAUUGCGUUGUUCUGUAUUUGAUAAGCUUGAAGAGUUGCGGCUUCGUGGAUUGCCUAGUUUGUGUGAACUUGUGAGGGUGGAAGGAGAAGCAACACCACCGCACGUCUUUUCCAAUCUUAAAAAGCUUUUUGUAGCAGAAUGUUCGGGAAUAAGGAAGUUGCUUCCAUUUGAGCUACUGCAGGCCCUCCAAAACUUAGAGUCGAUUGUAGUUUAUAGUUGCAAUCAAAUAGAGGAGAUAAUAGCAUCAUUAGGUUUGGAUGCAUCAUCAUCGAAUAAAUUCACUUUCACUUUUCCUAAGUUAAGGGAAUUGCGCUUGUUGUUCUUACCCCAAUUGAAGAGCAUCUGCAGUGCCAAAGGAGUUAUGGUUUGUAAUUCUAUUGAAACAAUUCAAAUAGGUUUUUGUCCGAAGUUAAAGAGGAUCCCUGUGCAACUUCCCCAACUUGAUAACGGCCAACCAUCUCCUCCUCCUCAUCUCAGAGAAAUCAAGAUAUUUGAAAGUUCAAAAGAAUGGUGGGAAUCAGUGGAGUGGGAUCAUCCUAACGCUAAAAACCUCCUUCAACCCUUCUUGAAAUAUUUUUAGAUAACCGUGGGAUUGAGGGUAAGGUGUUGAUCGAUUUACUACUACUUAAUUCUAAUUUGAAUUUGCUUUGGUAGUAUAUUACAGUAUGUUGUUGAAAAUUUGGGAAAUAAUUUGUGUAGAUUGAAGUGAAGAGCUGCAAACUGCAAAUGUAAAGCCACGUGCCACCUCAAUAACACGUGCCAAUAAAAGCAUUUCCACAGUUUCUUCAUUCCUCCCCCAACGAAAACAAUUGGGUAUUCUAAAAGAGAAAGAGAUGGAUGUGUUUGAGAUGGAAACCCUAAGUGGGUAUAUUCUAGAAGACAAAGAUAUCCCCUAUUUUAACUUAUUUUCCAGAGAAAUCAUCAACUUUCCCAAUAAAUCACAAGCCACCGACAACAUGUUCCGGUAAAAGCCCUUACUCAAUAACGAAAAGAUUGGCUGGAAAAUUACGUGCUAAACUGAAGAAUCAGACCUCAAAGAAAGUGUCAAACAUCCAAACACUAGGCUUCCUACAAAAAUUUUUGGUGUCAUGAUCAUGAAUUGUGCAAAGAGGUGGCUGAGUUGCUUCUUUUUGGUGUCAUGAAAUGUUGCAAAAAGGUCACUCAUGGAGCUUGUUUGGAAAACAUGGCAGUGGGUUGGAAAUAGUCUAUACCUUGUCUUCCUGGCUGAUGAGCAGUCUUCCAAGUUACCAUAUAAGGCUUCUUAGAGGACUUAAACUCAGGAGAACAAUGCAUCAAUUGAGUCCUACUAGGCUCCCUUCAUGGUGGAGUCUGAUUCAUACCUUGAAACAUAUCAUACCGUCCUGAGAUGGCUAGUGAACCUUGCUGCUAUAACCGAACAUGGCAGGAGCUAGGAAGGAGUUGAUGUGUUGGUGUUUGAGAGCUAUAUCUAAUGGAUGCACAAGUGUAACAAGCCUCAGAUCAGUGCUAUGUAAGUUUCCAGUUUUCAAUCUAAUGCUUUCUAUUCCAUCCAAUUUCUUCUACUUUUUGUGAACCUUGCUGCCAUAGCCAAACACAGCGGGAUCUAGGAAGGAGUUGAUGUGUUGGUGCUUGGAGCUAUGUGUGGUGGAUGUACAAGCAUAUAGAACAAGCUUCAUAUCAAUGUUAUGUAAG